CGAGUACAUGCAAGAUAUAAUCGAUACAUUCCGGGCAGCAGGACUAAACAAGAUUCCGACAACUCAUAACGACAAGCAUGCUUAUGGAGAAUUUGCGGCCCCUGGACUCGGCCAAGUGGAUCUAUACGGUUGGGAUGGCUACCCUGCGGGUUUCGAUUGCAUAACCCCGUCCGUCUGGCCAGAAUUGGACACCUGUAGGUGCUGUUACCUAAACGAAGCUAUCGACAUGCUGAAUCAAAUUAGCACUCUAUGCAAGUCGCAUGAAGCUCGCACCAGCAGUGCCUAUGGCUUUAUAUGA